AUGAAAAGCAUUUCUAUCCUUGCGUUCUGCGCUGCAGCGCUCCCAUUCUUUCCCUCUGCUGUAUCCCUCCCCACUACCGUGAAACAAACUCCUGAUUCCGCUGGCCAGAGCAUUGAAACAAACCAGCAGAGAGCAGAUGCUGUCAAAGACGCCUUCAAAUUCGCCUGGGAUGGCUACGUGAAACAUGCUUUCCCCAAUGACGAGCUCCGUCCAGUGUCGAAUACGGCAGGCAACUCUCGCAAUGGCUGGGGUGCGUCUGCUGUUGAUGCGCUAUCGACGGCGAUCAUUAUGGAGCUACCAGAGGUCAUCGAGAAGAUCUUAGACCAUAUUGCCAAGAUCGACUAUUCCAAGACAAAUACGAUAUGCAGUCUUUUCGAAACCACCAUUCGUUACCUAGGAGGCAUGAUAUCAGCGUACGACUUGCUAAAAUCAACCCAUUCUCAUUUAUUAUCUGAUCCCAAAAAAGCCGAUGUUUUACUGGAACAAUCUAAGAAUUUAGCAGACUUAUUGAAGUUUGGUUUCGAUACAAAGAGCGGCAUUCCAGCAAAUGGGCUAAACGUCUCAGCCCAGAUCACAGAUGGCGGUAAAACUAACGGCCUUGCAACAACCGGCACCUUAGUUUUAGAGUGGACCCGUCUUUCUGAUUUGACAGGAAACCCGGUAUAUGGUGAAUUGGCCCAGAAGGGAGAGUCACAUCUUCUUGAGCCAAAACCAGAAUUUGCUGAGCCGUUUCCCGGACUAGUGGGCCGUGACCUUGAUAUUGAAUCUGGUCUAUUUAGAGAUGGUCUAGUCAGCUGGGGAGGCGGGUCAGACUCUUUUUAUGAAUAUCUUCUUAAGAUGUUUGUUUAUGACGAGAAAAAGUUCGGGAAGUAUAAAGAUAGGUGGAUCGCUGCCGCCGAAUCUACCAUAAAAUACUUAAAAUCAUCACCCCUCUCUAAGCCGGAAAUGGUGUUUGUGGCUGAGUAUAACAAUGGAACUUACCAUUACAAUUCCGGCCACUUAACUUGCUUCGAUGGUGGCAAUUUUCUACUGGGCGGUCAAGUUCUCAAUCGACAAGAUUUCACAGAUUUCGGCCUGCAGCUUGUCAAUGGGUGCCGUGCAACGUAUACUGCAACAAGGACUCAAAUCGGACCUGAAGGGUUCAGUUGGGAUGAGAAAAGGGUCCCAGAAGACCAAAAAGAGUUUUUCGAUAGAACUGGUAUCUUCAUUACCGCGAGUUAUUACGACCUCCGACCAGAAGUUAUUGAGAGUUACUACCAUGCGUAUCGAAUGACAAAAGACCCCAAGUAUCAACAGUGGACAUGGGACGCAUUUGUUGCGCUCAACGCGACAACGCGAACAAACACCGGGUUUACCGCUGUUGCGGACGUCAAUGCCCCUGAUGGUGGCAGAAAACUCGACAAUCAAGAGAGUUUCCUUUUUGCCGAAGUCAUGAAGUAUGCGUACAUGAUAUACACAAAUGAUGCACCAUGGCACGUAGCAGGACCUGGCCAAAAGAACCAAUUUGUGUAUAAUACCGAAGCGCAUCCAGUAAGAGUAUUCAGCGGAUAG